AUGACCCAGCUGUUCCCACCUCGGCAUGUUUAUUUCCCUUCCAGCUCGUUGCACGACUCCACCGUGAUUCUGCUCCACGGUCGAGGCAGUAAUGGACCGGAGUUUGCGUCCGAGUUGGCGGAAUCUCUAACCUCGUCGGAAAAGACUCUAUUCGAGCAUUUCCCUUCCUGUCGCUGGGUCUUUCCCUCUGCGAGAUCACGCUGGUCUGAAGAGUUCGAGGAGGAUCUGAGCGAAUGGUUCGAUGUACCCUCACUCGAGGAUCCGGAUCGGGAGCCGGAACGGCAGUUGGCAGGACUCAAGGAGAGUGUCGAGUACGUGCUGCGGAUCGUGGACGAGGAGAUCAUACGGCUCAAUGGGGAUAGCACCCGAGUGAUCCUCGGUGGUGUCAGCCAGGGCAUGGCUGUCGGCCUCGUUGCGAUGCUAUGCGCUGAACGGAAUCUUGGGGGGUUUGUGGGUGCCAUGGGAUGGAUUCCCCUACGGGACAAGGUUCUUGCGCUGCUGGAUCGUGGGGAGAAGGAGCAGGCAUUAGAAUUCUACAGGUGGGCGCUUGGCUUAUCUGCAGCGCAAUCACAAAUGACGACCAUGCCAGCUCCCGAAAAUACCGCUUCGACGCAGACACCGCCAGAAGGAACAGCCAAAGGGUCAUCCCUCGAGACGCCGGUCUUUUUGAGCCACGGUGAAGAUGACCAAUGGGUCGAUGUGAGUCUGGGAAGAGCUGCUCAUGACCUUCUUGUGGUACUCGGCUCGCAAGUCUCCUGGAAGACCUACACGGAUGCAGAGGGCGACGGUCACUGGCUGAAGGAACCUGAACAGGUCGACGAUAUCGUCGCCUUUAUAGCCAAAAGGUUCUCUUCAUGA